GGAAAAAGGUGAAUUUAGUGAUUCCAAUCGUGACCAAUGGAAUUUAAAAGCAGUUUUAGGUUGUUGUUGUUUAACUGAUUAGUAGGUAUCGCUUGUAUGACGUGUGCCAAUGAUUCAUAUAUCUGAAUUUCGGGCUUGUUAUCACUAUGAAAAUCAAUAUUUACACCAGUCCGGCAACUCUGUUAGUAUUCUGUAUUGAUUAGAAAAAUCAUUGCAUUGUAUUUUGGAAGCAAUUUUUGUUGUGGCGGCGAAAAACAAGUGAAAAGCGCAUCAUCAAGUAUUAAAUUAGUUGCAAUGCAUUUCAUUCAACUUUAUAAAAUAAAUAAUUCUACGUAUAGCUUUAAAAGCAAGUAAAAAGUAGAUGCUAGGAAGCAUCUGUAUUUACCGUGAAGGCGCUAGUAAAGGUGGUGGUGCCAGGUGAACACAACUGGAGACGUAGAUAUGCCAAGCAUAGAUCAACCACCAUACGAAUAAAAAACAUACUACUGUCUGUGGCGACGGCGCAAAUGAGGCAAUCCAUACACAAACGUCGAAAAAUAUGACAAAAAAAAUUUUAUGAAAGAAAAACAGAAAAUUUUUCAGUGAAAAUUUGUUUCUAGUGGUGGACGGACCAAAACACGCAAUACUCGUACUUACUGCUAUAAACAUACCUACAUACAUAUUUUAUUGCUCUAGCACUAAAUUGGUGCAAAUAUAUAUCAUUAAAUUGCUGGAAAUUAAUACUAUACAUAAUAUACAAUAUAAAUCAGCGACGACGACAUUGAAAAAUUUAAAACCAGCAGUGCUUUGAAAAAUUAAUUGUGAAAAUCGGUCAAAGUAAAUACAUAAAUUAAUUGCGUUGACUAGUUCAUUGACGUAGAGGCAUAACUAUGGCUGAGGUCCGACGUAGAAAAGGGGAGAACGAUGCUAGUGACGAUGCUGGAGAGAAAGCAGGAGAAGGUGACAAACGUAACUCAGCGGCGGACUCAUCUGAUCAUGUUGAUUCGGAGGAGGAAAAAUUGCCGGAGGAUAAGUUCGUAGAUGAGUUAUCUAAAACGCUUCCACAAGGCACUGAUAAGACACCGGAAAUUUUAGAUUCAGCAUUAAAAGAUCUACCGGAUAGAUGGAAGAAUUAUGUGAUUCGUGGCAUCUUCACUUGGAUUAUGAUAUGCGGUUUUGCACUAAUCAUAUAUGGCGGCCCACUGGCGCUUAUGAUAACGACUCUGCUGGUACAAGUCAAGUGUUUCCAAGAAAUCAUUUCCAUUGGUUAUCAAGUCUAUCGCAUACAUGGUCUACCCUGGUUCCGUAGUUUGUCAUGGUAUUUUCUAUUGACAUCGAAUUACUUCUUCUACGGUGAAAAUUUAGUGGACUAUUUUGGCGUAGUUAUUAACCGUGUGGAAUAUUUGAAAUUCUUGGUGACCUAUCAUCGUUUCCUAUCGUUUGCACUGUAUUGCAUUGGUUUCGUCUGGUUUGUGUUGUCGCUGGUGAAAAAGUAUUAUAUGAAGCAGUUCAGUCUCUUCGCUUGGACACAUGUCUCGCUGUUGAUUGUGGUCACACAGAGUUAUUUGAUCAUACAGAAUAUUUUCGAAGGUCUCAUUUGGUUCAUUGUGCCCGUAUCAAUGAUUGUAUGCAACGAUGUAAUGGCCUACAUGUUUGGCUUCUUCUUCGGUCGUACACCACUAAUUAAAUUAAGUCCGAAGAAGACAUGGGAAGGAUUUAUUGGUGGUGGUUUUGCGACAGUUAUCUUUGGCAUUAUCUUCUCUUACAUUCUCUGCAAUUAUCAAUAUUUUGUAUGCCCAAUACUGUAUUCCGAGGAAUUGGGUCGCAUGACAAUGGCUUGUGAGCCAAGUUAUUUGUUUACGAAGCAAGAUUAUAGCCUAAGUGUGUUUGGCAUCGGCAAGUCGCUUAGUAUAUAUCCAUUUGUAUGGCAUUCGGUGGCAUUGAGUUUGUUCAGCUCGAUUAUCGGUCCGUUUGGCGGUUUCUUCGCUUCCGGCUUUAAGCGUGCAUUUAAGAUAAAGGACUUCGGUGAUAUGAUACCCGGACAUGGCGGUAUUAUGGAUCGUUUCGAUUGCCAAUUCUUAAUGGCCACAUUUGUGAAUGUUUACAUUUCCAGUUUUAUUAGAACGCCAGCACCAUCCAAGAUAUUGACACAGAUUUAUAACUUGAAACCGGAGCAGCAAUUGCAAAUUUUCCAAUCACUCAAAGAUAGUCUUGGCGACUUGAUAACCAACUAGAGAUUUUGCAAAAACUAUUAAAUUUAAGCGUAUACUAUACUGACAAAACAAAAACAAAAACACAUAUACGAAUACUACAUAUUUGUUAAAGAAUGAUAUCAAUAAUUUAGCUAUUUGUUUAUUUGUAUUAUAAAUAUUGAAUGCGUUGUUCAUAUAUAAGUUUUUUUAACUUAGCAUAAAAGCGAGUAAAGAAAAAAAGAGCGAUCUCCACUGUUAAUGCUGAAUUCGUAUAAACACUCAAAUAUAUGAAAUGAAAAUUAACGGCAGAUGCGCCGAUGUAGUGGGUGGUUUUGCGCUGCGCUGUUUGGAAAAAAAAAUUACUAAAUUUCUUUAGUUUUUUUAUAAACUUUUAAAAAAAAAAAAUAAAAAAAAAAUAUUUGAUAUAAUUUUUUUUAUAAAUUUAAAAAAAAUUAAAUUUUUUAGUUUAUAUAUUUUUUAUAAUUUUGGUUUUUAUAAAUUUUUAAAACAUAUAAUUUAUUUAUUUUUUGUAAACUUUUAAAAAAUAUAAUUUUAUUUUUAUAAAUUUUAAAAAAAUUAAUUUUUUUGUUUUAUAAAUUUUUAAACAAUAUAAUUUUUUUAUUUAUAAUUUUUAAAAAAAUAUAAUUUUUUUUUAUUUUUUAAAAAAUAUAAUUUUUUUUUUUAUUUAAAAAAUAUAAUUUUUUUUAAUUUUUUAAUUUAUUUUUUUUUGGUUUUUACAGACUGUUACUUGACACCGCGACAAACUAAAGCUUCCUUUAGACUAAUAAUAAUUAAAUUAAAAAAACUUUACUUAAGUGUGAGUGCUUCUCAAUGUAUUACCACAAGUUACGGUAAAUUGACAGUUUUAUCUGUACAACAUACCGACAUUCUAUAAUAGUUGUUGUUUAAGUACAUUUCAAGAAGAUUAAUCAUUUACAGUUAUUAUGAGUGUAUUUUUUUACUAGCUUGUCUUCGCUGAUUGUUGUUUGCUGCGAAAUAAGACGAGCAUAACUCAAUUGUUAGAUAUAGAGAAAUAUAGCUAAAAAAGAAUUCAGUUUAAAAUUUAAAAAAAGAUUAGAAAUAUUAGUUUUUAAACUACUUGUGGUUACUAAUGGUAUUGCAUUCAAUUAUUGUUUUAAUUCUUUUGAUUUCUAAAUCUUAUUAUUUAUUUUAUUUUAAUUUAUUUUUUUAAUUUUAAUUUUUUUUUUCAAUUAUAUAUUUUUUUUGUUUUCAAUUCAAAUUAUUGAAUCUUAUAAUUAUAAUAUUUUUUAAUUGCAAUUUUUUUUUUAAUUUUUUUUUUAAUUUUUUUUUAAUUGCGUAUUUUUAAUUUUGAUUUUUUUUCAAAAAAAUUUUUUAUUUUUCAAUAUUUUUUAAUUGCAUUUUUAUAAUAUUAUUUUUUAUUUUAAUUUACAUUUUUUAUUUUAUUAUUAACUUAAGUUCUUGUAUUUCUCUUGAUUUCCUCAAAUUAGCUUAAUAAAACUAAAUCCUUUGUAUGGUGAAAAACAGAACAAACAGUCAACAAAAUAUGUGUUUUUGAUUUUUAAGCUUAAAAAUCAGAUCCUAUGUAAAACAUAAGCAUAAAAAAUAGGCUAAUUCGCUUGUUAAAAUCUGCUAAUUGACGCAUAUGAUAAACUGAAUGUCAUGUAUUUUUUUUUUGACAUAAUAGGGUGUGUUCAAAAUUGUACUGUAAUUGAAAUUUGGAAAAUGUAAAUGAUUGGGAUAAUGGUCCUAAUGAUGAAAGUGGAAUUCCGCUAAAGCUGCUGGCUAAGUGAAGCAUCUGUGCGUGCUGGUUUCGAAUGCCGAAAAUCGUCCACAAUAUAAAAUUCAAGCUGUGGAAUGGUAAUUGCAUAGGUUUAACUACUAGUUGUUUAUGCUAAAAAAAAAUUUAAUUUAGGUUCAAUUUACAUUUCACACAUAAAUAUAUAAACAUUUAUGCACACAUACUUACAUAUAUGCAUAACUACAUAUAUACAUUUCCGCUGAUUGUUAUGUUUCAAUUUAAUAAAGAAGCUAGUGCAAUACUUAGACUAACCCAUAACAUAUAAUACAUACAUACAUACCUUUGGUACAUCCCACCACUAGGAUGUACAGGAACAAGAUGUGGGAUAGAAAAAAAAUUAAGAAAAAAUUAGUUUUAGUUUUUUUAACUUUAAUAUUUUUAAUAUUUAACAAAAAAAAA